AUGAAGCCAUCUUCCAUCAAAUAUAAAUUUUUUGACAGGUUUUAUUUUGUUUACAAAACAUGUCAUGACUUGUGAUUGUCAUUGAUUUUGAUUUUUUAAAAGAAAUCCUGCGAUCCUUCCCUAGGCCUAUUUAAUGAAAAAUAUUUUCUCAGAAUUCAGUGCCCAAAUUCAGUCCACAGAUACAGUAUUUGAGGAAUAAAAAAGGAGGUGGGGGCCUGUAGUGUCAGGCAGCUGUUUUCCAUUGGGUGGCCUUCUCUCUCUCAACAAGCUGCGCGCACACAGGCAGCAGUUUGACCCUCAGACGUCUCUGAUUAACUAUGCGAGAGCAACUCGAGAAGACUGCUUCCUUUGUUUUUGGCCCAAAAUAGGUUACUGUGGCGACUGUGCAGCACAUAGUCCAAAAAACACAGCCUUGGAGUGUGAGUGCAUGUUCUUCCUUGGAGCAAUUCUGCAAACAUGGAGGGGAAUAAAAGUGAAGCUAAGUCAGGAGCUGAAACUGUUUACUUGAGGAAGAAGAUUGACCUGCUGGGAGCUGUCUGUCUGAUCAUCGGCACUGUGGUGGGCAGUGGGAUCUUCAUUGCUCCCAAAGGUGUUCUCAAGAACAGUGGCAACGUGGGUUUGUCUCUGAUCAUCUGGGUGCUCUCUGGGAUACUGUCCACCUUCGGGGCCCUCUGCUAUGCAGAAUUGGGUACAAGCUUCAAGAAAUCUGGAGGCCAUUACAUCUACCUCCUGGAGACUCUGGGGCCCCUGCCAGGUUUCCUGCGCCUCUGGGUAGAGUUUAUAAUGAUCAGGCCUGCUGUGACCUCUGUGGUGGCCCUGGCAUUUGGGCGCUAUGUUGUGGAACCCCUGUUCACCCCAUGCCCAGCGCCCACCAUCCUGGUGAAACUGAUGAGCAUCCUGGGUGUCACUUUUGUUGUGGCUGUCAACUGCUGGAGUGUAAACUGGGCAUCGCGUACACAAAUCACCCUCACUUUACUGAAGAUGGUAUCCCUGGUGUUGAUUAUAAUCCCAGGCAUAAUCGCCCUCGCCAGAGGACAGACAGAGAACUUCAAGGACGCCUUUGACAGCAGCUCUCUGGCCCUUGACAAGGUGCCGCUGGCCUUCUUCUCAGGACUGUAUGCGUACUCAGGAUGGUUUUAUUUGAAUUUUGUCACAGAGGAGGUCAUUGAUCCCAAUAGGACCAUUCCCCUUUCUAUCAUUGUCUCCAUGCUCACAGUCACCACAGCCUACGUGCUGAUUAAUAUUGCCUACUAUGCAGUGAUGACAGCCGAAGAGGUCCUCCUUUCCGAAGCUGUAGCUGUGACCUUUGCUGACAGGACACUCCAUGGCUUCUCCACUGUGAUGCCCAUCUUGGUGGCUAUCUCCUGUCUGGGGGCAUUGAAUGGGGGUCUCUUUGUAGCACCGAGGAUGCUGUUUGUGGGCUCGCGGGAGGGACACUGGCCACUGCUCUUCUCAAUGAUUCACAUUCGCCGACAGACGCCCAUGCCAGCGGUGUUGCUGCUGUAUCCCUUGGUGGUCCUGACGCUCCUGCGAGGGGACCUCUUCCAGCUCAUCAACUUCUACAGUUUCUCACGCUGGUUCUUCAUAGCUCUGGCCACCUUCGGAUUGCUGGUCCAUCGCUACAGGUUUCCUGACCACCCCCGUCCAUUUAAGGUACCCCUGGUCAUUGCAGUGGUCUUCACAGUGGUUUCAUUCAGCAUAGUAGGGCUCUCUCUUUAUUCAGACCCCUGGAACACUGGCAUCAGCUGUGCCAUCACCCUCUCUGGAGUGCCAGUCUACUACCUCACUGUUCAUCGGCAGAGAUUACCCAAGAGCUGGAGCAAGGCUGUCGACUAUAUCACCAUCAAAAUGCAGAUAUUAAUGGAAGUGGCCCAACAGGAAGUGCAGACAUUUUGAAGCAAUGGAGCUCCUUCCUAAACUUUCCUGGUUCUGUUCCUAGUCUCCAGGAAUCACUUUUACUAAACAUCUUGUUACGUGCAUUAAUACAGAAAAAACAUAAGGAAAAAUUAAUCACACUGUGAGCAAAUGGCUUUUGUGAAAGAGCCAAAAUUGUCUUCAGCUCUGGGGACUUUUUAAAUAUUUUUUGUAAAAUAUAACAAAUUGAAAUUUAAAGAAAUAGUAACAUUAAAAAGCAUAUUUCUGUUAAACAACAAUCAGCAGUUUUGUGUAAAUCUUUAACACUAAUGUUAAUUAUAUGUUUAAAUAAUGAUUAAUAUCAAACACUAUUGCAGUAUAUUAUUAUUAUCAUCUAUAUAUCAUUCAUAUAUUGGCCUCUUCGAUAUCCUGACUGCUAAAAGCAAAUUACUUAAUAAUAUUUUUUUUUUUUAAUAUCUCAGCUGGUAGUAAGGUAAUUGAAUGUCUUUUAAACAAAACUAGUGUCUAACUAUCCUGUGCGGUCAUAAAGCCAAACUCAAACAAAUUAACAUUUUUAUUCAUUAUCAGUAGUUUGGACACAGAAUUAACAAAGAAUGGGCUACGUUCAGUGCAACCAUACUCUGAUGCUCAUUGGAAGCUCAGGCUAUGUCAAACACCAUGCAAGGCAACUUCUGUGCUGCCAGUGCUUAACAUCACUUAUGUAGCAUAUGACAUACAGUUUUUGAGAACAAUUGUAUUACAGUACCAUCAAGUUGUCCAACUCAGAUGAAUACAAAAUAAAAUGGUACAAAUACCACAGAAAACCCUCGUUCUCUGCCCCCUCUUUGUGUUUCUAGCCAAAGGGGCCAUAAAAUUAAGUCAGACAAUCAGCCAGUGCAACAAUGACCUUAACACAUCAACAGCGGCUCUCCAUACUUCCACCUACUUCUCCCUAGUAUUAGGGAUCCAAGUAACAAAGAGUUGCAUACAAAAUGUCAAAAACGGGAAAAAAUGGGUCCACUGGUGUCAGGGAAAUGAAAAACAAAUACCUAGUGAAAAGCAUUUUAAGAUUUAAUCCCAUAAUAUUUUGUCAGGGAUCUGGCAGGUAGUUCUCUGGGGAUCCUUUGCGUAGCUGUAAGCUAUGCGGGAUGCAGAGGCAAACAAUCCAAAAUCGCAAUCCAGAGGCAAGGUCGGUAGGCGAAGCUAGAGAUCAGUUAACCAGAAAGAGCCAAGACAAACCGAGAAGACAAUCCAAAAGGCAAAGUCCAAGAGACGAGAUCAAAAGGGAAAAGUUAAGUCCAAAAACCAAGAGAUCUAACAAGAAAAUAAUGCACACUAGAAAACACUAAAGAAGGCUUUUCAAUAGUGAACAGGGUUUGGUGCGUGAGGGAAUUUUAAAUAGGGGAGGGAGAGGGAUGUGGUUGGAUAAUUGGUUCAGGAGUGAGAAUCUGUGGAAUCUGGUGCUUGUGAGAAUGUGAUGGGUUUUGUUAAGAAAGAGAUUGUGAAACAGUGGGUUUUGGAAUAUAAUGGCGUUUGUGAGGGCAAUUGCGGGACGUGACAAUUUCCAAGUUCAUUCAUGGUUGCCACACCCCUCCAACAGAAAUAUUGUAUGUACUGUAUGGUCCUAACACAAUACUGAAUAUUUUUCUGAUACAUAUUGAAUAGAAUUAAUUUAAUUUGUAGGUUUUAUUUGUAACACUACAGAUGUAAUAUACUGUAUAUAUUGACAUGUCUUUGUAGGUACAGUAGCUGACUUAUGUUAAACAAAAAGUACCUUUAAAACUGUACCUUGCUGAACAUAAAAGCAGAAAUGUUAAGAAACACCCACUCCUACUUCAUUGUAAAAGACUGUAGGAAAGCAGGACAUGAAUCUUCUUCACAAGAUUAAAUUAUCUAAUUAUAGUGAAAAUAUAGUAAAUUUUCCAAUUACAUUGAGAAGCUUAUUGGAUACUUAAAGUGCAAGUGUCAAAACUACUAAGUUGGGGAUAAGUGAAAUUGGCUAACUGUAAAUAUUCUCAGUUUUAAUGUAUUAAUAAUGUAUUACUUUUGUUAAGCUUGCUGUAUGUUCAA